UGAAGAUGAUGGUUUAUGAGAUAAUAACCAGCUAUUUAAUAACUGAAUUUCAGAGUUGUGAAUCCAGAAAAAAAUAGAGUUAGAAACUAGAAAGUAGUAUAUUCCGGAUUAACUUUUACGACAGAGGGCUUAUCGUGAUGGCAACCAAGGCUUUUCUCCAGCAACUGAUCUCAGAUCAGGACAGACUAAAUGAUUUAGUGGAAGAGGCAAAAAUGCUGGCUUUUCAACAUGGGUUUGUUAUGCGUACACAAGAGACGCCCAAUUCAUCUGAGGUCGUGACCUACGCCCCAUUCACACUCUUCUCCACUCCUGUGCCCAAAGCCUUCCUCCUCCAGGCUCUGGCUGUGCAGACUCACGUCAACACCUUGGUGGACAAGGUCAGCCAGGACCCAGACUUUCUGGAAGAGGCUCUUGCAGGAACUAUUCAGGCAGAUGAUUUCACAGCUAAGUUGUUUGGCAUAUACAAACAAGUGCAGCAGGAGGGUCGGAGACAGUCCAUAGUGGUUGGUUUAAACCGGUGCGACUACAUGAUGACUCAGAGGGAGGAUGGCACUCCUUCCCUGAAGCAGAUAGAGAUCAACACUAUUGCUGCUGGUGCUUUUGGCAUGGCUGACCGUCUCCCUGUGAUGCACAAGCACAUACUAAGGUCAGCUGGUCUUUUGGAAGAGAGCGAGUGUAUCCAGGAUAUCAAAAGGACUCCCACAAUGAUGGGUGCUCUCGCCAAGGCCUGGGAGCUCUACGGCCAACAGAAGGCAGUAAUCCUGUUUCUGGUUGAGGAUUUCCAGACUUCCAAAUUCGAUCAUCGUAUUAUUGAGAAAGAGCUUUGGAACAGGAAUAUUACUGUUAUCCGCAGAAAAUUUAAUGAGGUAGCCAGAGGAGGAUCUCUUGAUGCCGACAAAAACUUGUUCAUAGAUGGACUGGAGGUAGCUGUAGUGUACUACCGCCAUGGCUACAUGCCAGGCCACUACACUGAACAGGCUUGGGAUGCUCGUCUUCUGAUGGAGCGCUCUCUGGCUGUGAAGUGUCCAGAUAUCAGCACUCACCUGGCUGGAACUAAGAAAGUCCAGCAGGUGCUCGCCAGACCUGGAGUUCUGGAGAAGUUCUUCCCCGACCAGCCCCAAGUGGUGGAGCAGGUCAGAGCAACGUUUGCCGGCCUCUACACACUAGACAUGGGUCCAGAGGGUGAUCAGGCAGUGUCCAUGGCUUUAGCCAACCCAGAUAAGUUUGUCCUGAAGCCUCAGAGAGAAGGAGGUGGGAACAAUUAUUUUGGAGAGGACAUUGUUAGAGCACUACAGGAGGUUAAAGGUGAUGAAAGGAGAGCUGCUUAUAUUCUGAUGGACAGAAUCCAACCCAGAACAGAACAAAACAUCCUGCUGAGCAGAGGACUUCCAGUCAAACUCUCCACUGUUUGCAGUGAAAUAGGAGUUUUGGGAGCCUAUGUGAGGCAUGGGGGAGAAAUGGUGCUUAAUGAAGCUGCUGAUCACUUUUUGAGAACAAAGAGCAUCGAACACAAUGAUGCAGGGAUUUACAGUGGAAUUACCGUGAUUGACAGUUCGCUCAUUAUCUGAACACUCAGCUUGCAGUUUCAUAGGCUGAACAUGGGGUGGCAAUAAAACCAAAGACAUGCUUUACACACACAGUUUAAAACACACCAGCAGAUCUGCAGAGUUCAUUCAAGGUAAACAAGGCUACAGAGUUUAUGUGAGUCCUAGAGUGUCAACACUAUUUUGAUGGAUGAGAACCAGACAGGCCUAAGUACUGAUAUCUGGACAUUUCACAGUGAUAUUUAUAUAAAUGUAUCAAGCAGACCAUUCUGUUCACUCAAAAUCAGCAGGAUGAGAUGCAUGGAAACAACAGUUUGUAGUGCCUGUUUUCCCUCAUAACUCUGUCUUCUACCUUCAGCCAGGUUUCUACAAAGGUGGUAAAACUAGAAAUCAUGGUUGAUUUUUUUUUAUUUUGAACCAUGAAGAUCAAGCAGGCUAAAUGACAUCUGCCUAUCUGUACCUCCAUCCUGUAUCAGUACUAGGGUUAGCGCCGCACCAACACUCCAGUGUCAAUAAUGAGCAGCAGAGACCAACAACAAAAAAUCCCUCCUACUUUCAUGCUUAUUUUUCCAAAACAGACCACAAAACAUCCACAGAGCCUUCAGCCUCCUCUCCCCUGCUUGUUUAUUCACUUCCCAUGUUUUGCACAGUUCUAUGCCCUUUUGCAAACACCAUCCUCAUACUGUUGAUGCGCCAAAAUGAUUUUGGCCUGCUUAGGGUCCCAUUGGCUGGCUGGUUUGAGGAAAUUCAAUAAACUUCGUUGUCAUCUUGCCAUUUUACCUGUUUCCUCCUUGCCACUGAGGGCAGACUAUCUUAAUUCAAACCAUAGUUGCUCUGCGCACAAGUGCCCUGUCUCUCUCUCUUUCUCUCUCUCAUUCAAAAUCUGAUUUAAAAUGCAAAUAAAAUAUGCAAACAAGGGAUUUUUGUGUAACUUCAAUGGGAACUAAAGGCUAACAAGACAUGUAACUAAAUAUUAAACAAAACGCAGGAGGUGAUGAAUCCUAUUGAAUAGGUUGCGGAUUCAAUGUGGGAGGUGCCGGAUCAACACCAUCAAUCCACCAUGCAUAAUCAAUACAACUCAUUCUUUUAGCACUUUCAAUAGGUCUGGAUACAAUAAACUCUGUCAUGGUAA